AUCUUUAUUCAGCAGCAUCUCUCACAGUCGGCCCUGUAGAGCAAAGAUUAGGCUUUGACUUUGUCAGACUGACCUGCAAGGGAAACUCUACUUGGUGGAGGGUGAGGAAGUUCCCUGAGAAUAGCGUGCCGUAUUGCAGUGAUGUUUGGAAUCUAGGAGAAUCCGUAUGCACACUCUACACAAAAGCUUCAUAUUCAGAUGAUGGAGUGUACUGGUGUGAGUCUAUGUCAAAACAGUUCAGCAAUGCAGUCAACAUCACUUUACAGGAUCUUUAUUCAGGUCCUCUCAUGGUGAUCCCUGAUGAUCCUGUGAAAAAGGGAACUUUCGUUAGUCUUAGCUGCAACUUGAGAAUAAAAAAAAACUUCCCCAGUGUGGCUUUUUACCACAAUAACAAACUUAUCCAAAAUGACUCCCGAGAGGAGCUGAACUUCUUGGCAGUGUCAAAGUCUGAUGAAGGUUCCUACAAGUGUCAGUACUCAGGAAAAGAGUCGCCAUCACGUUACAUGUCGGUUAAGUCUGCUGUCGGACCUGAAAGCUCUUCAUUUCCUGUCAGAAUGAAAGUCAUGAAUGCAGUCGCCUUCAUCCUGGUAAUGAUGCUGUCUAUGAAUCAGUAACACAAAUGGAAGAAACUGGAGAAGGUCAGUGAGGAG